ACAGCAAGGGUUCAUGGGAUGUGUGGUUCUUUCCCUGCGUCUGAGAACUGUUCAUGCGGCUCUUGCAAUCACUUAGAGUCCCUGCUCGCGGAGGAAAGAAUCGGGAGCCUCUACUCUAUCAUCCUUCACCCCUCCAGAAGACACUGACGCCCACCCCCCCGAAGCUUAGCCGUGGGAGUGGAGACAUCAGCGCCCGCCCGUCACAAAUCUCGGCAUCAUGAUGGGAAGAGUGCAAGUAGCCCAUGGAGUGGUGUGACCGGAGCACUGCAGGUGGACAACCAACAGCCUCAGCGUGAUCCAGCAACACCUCCCACCCCCCUACAGCAACCCCCCUACUGCCCCCCGACAUCAUUUCGCAAUCGCCACCAAAUCUGCUCUCAAAUGUGUUUGCCGCUGAUCUCGGUCUUGCUGCACCCCGCAGAUGGAACGAGAUCCUCUGUUUUGAAAAGAGGCUCAUCAGAUGAGUAAUAUUGGCAGCUUUUCAGAACGCUGAGGACUGCUCUCUCUCUCUCUCUCUCUCUCUCUCUCUCUCUCUCUCUCUCUUGAUUCGUUCUCCCGCUGUGUUUUCUUAAUCCUUCCAGUUUGUUAUUUUCAGGUUUACUCUUUCAGAACACAGCCAACAUACACAUACACAUACAAACAGACACACACACACACACACACACACACACACACACACACACACACACACACACACACACACACACACACACACACACACACACACACACACACACACACACACACACACACACACACACAUCCAUAUACACACACACACACAUCCAUACACAGUCUCCAUGUGUUAGAGUAGUCUUGCAUGCAUCUUUCCUCAGACUCUCCGAUCCUAGGCCAAGCACCAGGCCACAAUGACUUUCCUGGGUGUGUACGAGCGAGCUGUCCUCUCCUUUCUGCUGUGGUUGACCAUACUAGCUCCGCGUCUGCUGUGCAGCGAGUUUAAUGUGGCGUAUGUGACGGAGCACAGCCUGAACAUUUGCCGGUGUGUGCGCGAGUUGCCCCACUGCAGUGAGCCCGACGCCAGCGAGUGUAGCUGCGAGAACCACCGCCCCCUGCCUCCUCGCCUCGCCGUGUGGUACUCCUCGCCGCUCCACGUCGCCCUCUUGCUGCACAACGCGGACGUGAAGCACCUCUCCCUGGUGCGGUGCUGCUGCGGCCUGACCCCGGUGCCCAGUGGGGGCAUCUCCGCCAUGGCGGCGGACAUCUCCACGGACAUGGCCAGUGGAGGGAACGCCGCCGCCGCCGCCACCACUACCGCCAAAAUGGCCCCCCCGCCAGACCACUUUGUGGUGCAGAGGCUGGAGACGCUGACGGUGUGGCCCCCCGCCGACCAGCCUGGCUCCCACCAUCAGGUCCUGCUUCUGGGCCAGGAGUUGGGCGCCGCGCACAACGAGGAGCCCCGCAUAGCCGUCAUAAACACCUCCAUCUUGGCAGGGGCCCCAGCGCCGGCGCUCAAAGCCUACACGGUGUGCACAGGCCUGGACGCUGAGGGAGGGCUGCCCUUCCCCAACCUUCCCAUGCUGCCCAGACUGAGGGAACUAGUACCGGACAGCUCCAGCAUAUUCGUUACUUUUCUAUAUUGAAAGUCUGCCUGAUGAAGGUCUAAGGACUGAAAGCUUGCAAGUCAAGCAAGCUUCUUUGCACAAAAAAAGACUUGAAGUAUGCGGAUUGUCUCCUUUUUAUACAGAAAGUUCAACUGAAUCCUGCACCUUCUAAGCAGAUGAGCGGUUGCCCAUCACAACUUUACUUUUCUCUAUUGAAAGAUGCCGAAAACAUGAACUUAAAGAGUGUCUUUUGGGGGGCUUUUUGGGACAGGAAAUGAGUGGUAGAGAGAGGUGGGGUAGGGUUGUCAAACGACUCAGGCCAGACUUGAACCUUGCUCCCCCCUGGUCAACUGCCUGUACGGUGCAGGCCUAUCAUGCCAGUGUUGCAUCUCCGUUCAGAGUGUAUUUUAACAGAAGGGUUGUAAAAUAAUAGCUUAUGAGCUGUGUUCGUACUACUGUAUAGAUAGGAAGCUAUUUGAAUAAACUAAGCACUACGUAAUACAUAGAUUUAUUGGUUCAAUUCCAGCUCAGUAACAUUUUGCUUUGGUACAUGUUUGGUAAAUGCAUCCUUCUCAAAUCAUUAGUUAGUUAAAAAGCAUUAUGCAGGUACUGUAUACAAUGUUGGGCAUAUACGCAGUGAUAGGCAAAAUGGAUUCAUUAGUUAUAAUCCAGUGCCACAUUUUCCAAAUGACCGGUCCAAUUCAGCAAGAUGAUUGGCUCUUUUAAUGAUCAUUUGGUUGAAUUGAACAGGUAAAACAAGGUCAUUUGGAAUAUGUGGUAGGCCUACUAUAUCGUAACUAAUCAAUCCUGUUUGCAUAUACUUAGCUAGCAGUUCAUUAUGCAGUAUAGCCUAUUGCAUCAAAUGUUCUCGGUCACUGCUACCAUUCUAACUGGGCGAAUAGACUGGCCGCGACGAGAUUCAAGCCACAGAGAAUCGUUUCUGUGCGGCAAGAGUGAUGCGAGCGAUUGAAGCGACUAGAGUAUGUCCAUUAAAAGCAGAAAGCAAGCAUUCCAACAUUCCCAUUGGCUGUGGCGACCGUCACUGAACCGCGUCAUAGCUAAUUUGCAUAAUAUUCCCAGGAGUUCAACUACAAACUGUCGCUCUCGUCGCGCGAAUCGCUUUUGUCGCGCGACUCAAUACAAAUUCAAUUACUUUCGUCUCUCGCCUCACUCAGGUGGCGGCCGGUGAAUUCGUGCGGUUUGCAACCUUCAACAACAGUGUUAUGGAUAUAUUACGACCCAUGCAAAAGAGGAACAUUUUGAAAGCAAGCAUUAUGUUAUUUAAAUUUAAUGUAUUGUUAUUGUUAUUAUUGUUGUUAUAAUGUCUUAUACAGUAUUGUUGCUGUUGAUGUUACUGCUGCUAUUGUUGCUUUCUUUUCCAUAAUGUUUGGCCUUUUCUUAAAGGAGACCCAGGGGCAUUAGGACCUUUGUGGCAUUUACAGCUACUGUACAUGCAUGAGAUUUGGUAGAGAUGUGUAUCUCACAAAGACAAAUGACAGUCACAUGUCUAUGCUCAGUUCCAAUGAUGAAAAUUUUGAAAUGCAAAAUAAAAUCGAGUUUAAUUGAUGGAGAGAUACAAGCCAACGUAAAGAACACUCUGGUGAAUUGUUGUGUGCUGCGGGACAAGAGGUGUGAGGGCCUUAGCCUGAUUAUCAUCGUCUUUCAAAUCUCUUCGAGACUUGGUCUGACCAAGAGCAUAACAAUUAACAUUUCCCAAAUGGCAUUUCCCAAAUGGCCUCCAUUGGUUUGCUAAUGAUUGUUUGCUUCCCAACAAAGUGGGAGGAGUUCCAGUAUUUGCGGGAACUCGGAAAGUACUUGCAUUGCUCUUGACCUGACUGGUAGCAAUGCUGAAUCUGUUGCGUCACUAGGAGGGCACGGCCUGGCUAUGAGGGCCUAGCCUCUUUGUGGCUAGAUUAUAUCAUAUUAGAAGAAUAGAUUAGAAGAUAGUUCAUUUUAGAAGCUGUUUACACGUAUAUGCAUCUCUUUUUUUGUGAAAACUCAGUGGGUUUGGCCUUUCGUUUACACAUAAACAGAGUUUUAAAAUCUGCAUAUAAAAAAAUCUGGGCUUUACAAAUAUCCCAUUUAGGGGGUCUAAAACGCAGCUGUUACAAUGGAGCUUUUAUUUUUGUCCACAUGUUGCGUUUACACAUAAACAGAUGAAAAAAUAUCCACAUUUAAAAAUAUCCAGAUACGUGUAAACAGCACCUUUUUGUCAUUACUCUUGUAUACAUAGGGGAACAAACAGACUGUCUCUAUAGUAGAGUCACGUUGUCAAUGAUCAGUGAGAAUAAGACACAAGUCCUUUGGGAACCUGCAGCUGCAGAUGUGAGAGGGUUUAACCGUGCUUGAAUUUCACGGGAGCCUAUCGUUCAUAUGGUACAAAACAUGCCAUGGGAACAAGAGGUAGAUUACAAUUUUGACCAGCGAUGCGUUUAAAACGUUGAAGUGAAAUUUUCAUUGGCUCACAUUCGCCUACCCACUGAAUUCCAGCGGUGUUAAACUAUGCCGGUUAUGUUCCGUUUUGGAGACUGUGGCUGAUGCCUUUUUGCACUAACGCCAGACAGAAAGAGGGCCUCGCAAUCCACAAGCUCUCUUGACGGUUAGGGAUUUUUGACAAAAAACAGUUUGGCUAUUAUUGUUGACUAUGAUUAUCAUUGUUAUUAUUAUGAUGAUGAUGAUGAUA